AUGCGCGUGUUUUUCGCGAUACUUGUACUCUCACCGGUGUGGCACUCGGUGUGCGGCCAACAACUGCAGCUGAACGGCACGUCGUCCGCGCCCGCGUUCGACUAUGACGCGCCCGACGACUGCGCUUGGAAAGUGCUCGGCGACGGUGCAGCAGACGAGGUGCUGUUGUCGUGCAAGCUCCGGACCAUCAACAGCGAAAUGGACACCACGAACUUCUCGGCCAUCCCGUCCGAGCACACCGUGUCGUUGCUAAUAUCGUGCGAUCCCGCGGUGACGGCCCGCAGCUCCAUGGAGAACCAGAGCUUCGCGCACCUGGCCCGGCUCCGGGAACUCGAGCUGGACUCGUGCAAGCUGGCGCAGUGGCCGGCCGCCACGCUCACGGGGCUCAACGAUCUCAGGAACCUGACCGUGCGGACGGGCGUGUCCGACUGGCCGGAAGCGGACAUGACGAUGGAGAUAGCGGCCGGUAGUUUCGCGCACGCCGUCCGCCUGGAACGGCUGGACCUGAGCACCAACAAUCUGAUCGCACUGCCCGAGAACACGUUCUGCCAGCUGCCCAACCUGGUGUACCUGAAUCUCAGUCGGAACCGCAUACAGGACGUGGGCGACUUGGGCUUCAAGGAGCGCACGCCGCCACCGCCGCAGCCGUUGAUCAGCAGCCACGACGACGUUUACGACGUCGACCCGUACCAGAAGAAAUCCACGGCAGGCCCGUGUCCGCUGGACGUACAGUCGGUGGACGUGUCGUGGAACCGUAUCACCGUGAUCCCGUCCAACGGUUUCGGCUCGUUGCGACGGCUCGCCGAGCUCCGUCUGGCCGGUAACGAAAUUUCCGCGGUAAACGACCGGCCGCUGGGCGGACUCGCCGGCCUGAAGAUUUUCGACCUGUCCAGCAACAACAUCGUCUCGCUGCCCGUGGACAUGUUCAAAGACGUGGCCGAGAGCAUCACGCAAAUUUACCUGCAGAACAACUCGAUCAACGCCCUGUCGCCAAAUUUAUUCGUCAAUCUAUAUCAGCUGAAUUCGCUGGACCUAUCGUACAACCAACUCUCGAGCAAAUGGAUAAACGACAACACGUUUUCCGGUCUGAUCAGAUUGGUCACGCUCAACCUGUCCAACAACAAAAUAACCAAACUGGCCCCGACGAUAUUUCACGAUUUAUAUACGCUGCAAAUAUUAAAUUUGGCCGGUAAUCUAAUCGAUUUUAUACCGAACGACGCGUUCAUACAGCUCCACAAUCUCGACACGUUAGUCUUGUCCAACAAUAAAAUCACCGAAAUCACUCCUUUGGCCCUGAACGGUCUGCACGCGCUCACCCUACUCUCGUUGGACGGCAAUCGGAUAACGGACGUACACGACGACUGUUUCAGAAACGGCACCACGCUGCAGGAUUUAAACCUCAGCGGAAACAUGUUGAAAACCGUGCCUUCGGCAUUACGGGAAAUGAGACUGUUGAAAACCGUUGAUUUAGGGGAGAACAGGAUCGAUUUCAUAGACCCGGACUCGUUUUACGGUAUGUCUAAUUUGUACGGUUUGAGGUUGAUCGGAAACCGACUGCGGAACAUAACUUCGAAUUUAUUCGAUAAUUUGAUCUCGUUGCAAAUAUUGAACCUGGCCCAUAAUCAGAUCGAUUUCGUGGCCACGGACGCGUUCCACAACAUUUCCACCAUACAGGCGAUCAGGCUGGACGGCAAUCGGUUGUCGUCGAUCGAACAUCUGUUUCGGAACGUGUCCAGUCUGCUGUGGCUGAACGUGUCCGACAAUGUGCUGAACUAUUUCGAUUACGACAUGCUGCCGGAACAGUUGGAAUGGCUGGACAUGCACAAAAACUAUCUGACCGAACUGUCCAACAAGAACGGGGCCGCCGUCAGUAUCAGGAAGCUGGACGUGCGGUACAACUAUCUGUCGUACAUUGGCCCGUCGUCGAUACCGGACUGCGUGGAGAUACUGCUGAUGAACGACAACCAGAUCAUGACCGUGGAGACGGGCACGUUCCUGAAGAAGGCUAACAUCACGCGCGCGGACAUGUACUCGAAUCAGAUCGGGCAGCUGGACAUCAACGCGCUGCGGUUGACGCCCGUGCACUCGGACCGGCCGCUGCCGGAGUUCUACAUCGGCGGCAAUCCGUUCCAGUGCGACUGCAAAAUGGAAUGGCUGCAGCGGAUCAACCUGCUGGCCAAUCUGCGCCAGUAUCCGGUCAUCAUGGACCUCCCGUCCGUAUACUGCAAGCUGCUGUACAACCGGGAGAACAAGUACGUGCCGCUGGCCGACAUCAGUCCCGCGCAAUUCGUGUGCACGUACAAGACGCACUGUUUCACGGUGUGCCAGUGCUGCGAGUUCGACGCGUGCGAUUGCGAGAUGACGUGCCCGGCCAACUGCACGUGUUACCACGACCAGCCGUGGUCGUCCAACAUCGUCGACUGUUACUCGUCCAACUAUACGCAACUGCCCGCCAAAAUACCGAUGGACGCCACCGAAGUGUACCUGGACGGCAAUCUGUUCACGCACCUUUCCAGCCACGCGCUGCUGGGCCGCAAGAACCUGCGCAUACUGUUCGCCAACAACUCGGGCAUCAGGUCGGUCCGGAACGACACGUUCACCGGGCUCAAGCGGCUGGCCGUGUUGCACCUGGAGCACAACAAGAUCGAGCGGUUCGACGGGUCCGAGUUCAACACCGUGGAGAACCUCAGGGAACUGUAUCUGCAGCACAACUUGAUCGGUCACGUAAGCAACAUCACGUUCGAACCGCUCAAGAGCCUGCAGGUGCUCCGGCUCGACCACAACCGGCUGUACGACUACGACGUGUGGACGCUAUCGACGAACGUCCGGCUGUCCGGGUUGUACCUGUCCAGUAACCCGUGGUCGUGCGACUGCGAGUUCGUCCAGUCGUUCCGCCGGUUCAUGAUGCGAACGCCCGGCGGCGACAAGGUGGCCGACUCGGCAGCCGUCACGUGUCAUCCCGACAGCGGCUCCCGGGACCUGAGUAUCCGUGACCAAAACGUCACCGAGUGCAGUUCGUUUUUCGGAUCCAUUGUCGAAAACCGUAUUGUGCGGGACGUUCUGCCCACCGCGCUGACGGCCAUAUGCGUCGUACUGGCCCUAGCGCUGAUCGUGUACCUGGUAGUCGUGUAUCGGGAAGAGUGCCGGGCCUGGGUGUACUACAAAUUCGGGCUGAGGAUAUGUCACAAGACGGUGCCUUUCGAGGACGACCGGAUGUUCGACGCGUACGUCACGUACAGUCUGAAGGACGACGGUUUCGUUGCCCAAAUGCUGGCCCCCGGGCUGGAACAGGGCAACCCCAGGUACAGGGUAGGCCUGCACUAUCGGGAUUUCAACGUCAGCUCGUUUGUCGCCGACACCAUCGUGGAGGCCAUCGAGUCGUCCAAACGGACCAUUCUGGUGGUGUCUAAAAAUUUCGUCGAAUCCGAGUGGUGUCGGUUCGAGUUCAAGUCCGCGCUGCACGAGGGCCUCAAAGACAAAAGGGGCCGGCUGAUCGUCGUCGCCCUCGGCGAAAUACAGCCCAAGGACGUCGACCCGGAGCUCAGAAUAUACAUGAAAAACGCCGUGCACGUCAACUGGGGCGAUCGUAUGUUUUGGGAAAAAUUGAAGUUUGCCAUGCCGGACGUGAGUAAGUCGCAGAGCUUGAUGUCCCGGUCCCGGAACGGCGUGAAUAUUUACGCCACGCCACUGAGAACGUCCUACUCGUUCGCCAGCCAACCGCCGAGAACCGCGGCCGAGAACUGUACGGGUGUGCAGUCCAGCAAGUAUUACUUGUCACCGGCGUACGUGGAUUCUUCGCAGCAUCUUUGGGCUUAAGACUGUCGAAAAGGUAACGUUAACACAGCAUAUUUUUUUUAGUACGAUAAUCGCUGUACGGGUUUGACGCGAUUGUUUACUGACAACGUGGGCGUACGGGAUAUUGCGCCGAUAAGAACGUGUAAAACCGAUAAUGGUACCUAACCCGCCUACUAUUACGGACGGUGUCUGCCGGUGUCGAACGCGUUAAACGCAAUGGUAUUGGCGCGAAUGUUGUUAACGGCCGUUUUCGCACGGACAAUAUUCAGCGGCGGAAUUUAGGGGGGUUUCAACCGCACCGUCGCCGGGCACAACGGACGAAAAUACAAAAACAUCAACAGUCUUGUUUUUUACAUCACGGACGGUGUACUUAUCGCGUAUUUUUGGUUUUUUUUUUCGUUUUGUUUUUUCCAUUCGGACAUUUCAGAUCGAAUGCGGCGUACAGUCAACAAGCGAUAACGAUUAUAUUGAUAAUGGAGUUUUUCUCAUUACAAGGCAGACGGGUAGGCGCGUGCAAAACGGUAAAAUCGGGCGUUCCGUCAUCAUACCUGCCCGGGGAGCGGGCCGGGCGCGGUAAACGCGUUUCGUGUUUUAUGCGUUAAGUGUAACGUUUUUCGCCCGGGGACCGACGGGAGACGCCGCGCCAACGUACGCACGGCGGCGGCGAGUGGACGAGAGUUGAUAAUCCCGCGGUGAAACACAAUCGCUGUCAUAACGCAUAACAUACAGAGCGAUCGAGUCGUACACGGACCGGCGAAAAUCCGAAAAUCGCCGGUUCGCGAUAAAUCCGCGCGUGCAGCCCGCAAACCGUUGUGAUUUACACAAGUCGGAGACUCUCCGGCCGCGGGAAACGUUGGCGAUUUUUCGUUGGCGGUUUUUCCGCAACGCGCGCACGAGUGCGCGUAAACCAGGGUUCACCCGAAUCGCCGGCCCGCGAACGAAUGGGGGAAACGAAAAUAUUGUACAACACUUACAGAACCGUAAUGCAGCUCGUUUUCGAGCGAGAUACAUUCGUCGUGUGACCCGCUAAAAGUAUUUUCUAUUUUCUGUUACGAUCGGGCGCGAUUGUUUUUUUUCUACUAUUUACACCGUUUCGAAUGCUCGUAACACCCAAUCGUGUUCGCGUGUCGCAACGUUUACGAACAAUAGCGGAUAAUAAUCGACGAAUGACAUAAGCGAAAACGAUGAUGCUCUCGUUGCAAUCGAAUUUUUUUAUAACCGUACCCAUGUGUCCCGUCGGAAACGCGUGCUUGGCGUUCCGACUGCCCCCGAAACGUUCCCGGAUUCGCCGCGCGACCGUUCGAAAACGGAAUGGAAACGCAAACGGACCGGUGACCCGUGCGUGAUCGGAACUCGACGGACGGCGGCAAUCCGCCGAAACGCGUACCGUACGCUGUGCAUCGCUGCAGCGGCGCGAUCAGCGCACGUUUUUUAGCGCACGCGACUUCACACGUGCGUAAGAAUGUUUCCCCGUCGCGAACACACGUUGUUCCGAGUCGUUCGCAAACAUAAUUAGUCGCUCGCGGGUACGUGAAAAAAAAAAAAAAAUAAAUAAAUAGUUUUACAACAACGACGGCGGGCGUGAAAUAAAAGAGUACAAAGUCGUUGCGACGCCGAAACCCGUCGAUUUCGCGUGCCGGACUGCCAGCAGCGAUCAAUCGUUAACGGGAGAAAAGAAAAGAAAAAAUUAAAAAAAAUAUAUUUACGGUUAAAUUGGAUGGCCACGCCGCUGUGCACGGCGUAUGCGAUCGUCCGGGUGUUGGAACGAUCGCGGUCGUAAAGUGCUGUUGCGGCCGAAUCGGAUUGGUGGCGCGCCUCACUCGUGUCGCCCGACAAAUGCGCUACCGUGCCGGAGCUCUUGAAAACGACAGGGUCGGAGAAGCCGCGGGAGUGAGAGACACGGAGGAGGAGGACACGGGGGAAAAAAAAAAAAAAAUUAAAACUUAAAACUACGUAAUUUUACGUUGGUUUGCAUUUACCGCUCAUCCCCCGCGAGCGCCUUCGCCAUUCGGCGCUUUCGACGUUUAACAGCCGCCUUUCGAGAGCGCGAAAAUACGUCGUCAAUAUUGUUAUUUGUUUUUUCUGUUUUUUCUGUUUUUUCCCCCUCCGUUCCGCCGUGUCUACAAUAACGCGCGCGCCACUUAUUGCCAUGCCGCUCGGUCGGAACCGACGUUGUUGCCGACCGUACCGGUGCCGUUUGCCCGUUUUCGUCCGCGGCGCCGUACGGAACAUUUGACGUUGUCGCCGAACGGCACGCCGAAAAACGCGGGAACGAUAUUCCCAGUCGGUUUUCUCGCUUGGCCGGGGGUGGGGGGAGGAGGGGCGGUGUCGGAGAGGGGCGGAAUCGGAUUUUCGCACGGUCUCGCCGUGCACGCCGCGCAUACAAUAUUGUAUACGGUUUAAUACAAUCCACGCCGAGGCGCGUAAACGAAUUAUCAUUACCAUUAUGGAAGUUGAUUCGAAACGUGUAAACCAGUUGUAAUGUGGUGCGCAAUAAGCGCAGCGCAUAAUAUUCCUCGCAACAACAAUGAUAAUGACUGUUAUGAGUUUAGAAAAUAAAAAAACAACACCGCGACGUCCGGCUCGGCCGUCAUCGGAAUAACUAGUUUGUGUUUUUUUUUUUGUUUUUCCCUUGCCCCGGGAGACCGUUUGGAAUAAUAGUGCGCGACAAAAAAAAAAAAAAAAAAAAAACUGUAAAAUACAAAAUGCCGCGAAUCCCAUUAUUUCCCGUACGCGCGUUUAUUAAUUCUGCUUCAUUAAAUUCAUGAACUAAAUUUUGUUUUCAUUUUUUUUUUUUUUUCUUUCUUUCUUUCUUCACGGAGAUCUCGCGCGUUUAUCAUACCGCUCGCGUUCAGAGCGCCCAAGUCCUCGCGAACGUGCGCCCACCCCGCGUGUCCUCCCUCUCUCUUUCCGUCCCCGCCGUUUACCUUUUUGGGCGCACUGUAACAACACGUGUAUAUAUAUGUACACGUAUACAACGGGUAGGUACUGUGCGCGCUCUCCUCUCGGUAUUGUCGCGCGUUUUUUUUUUUCUUUUUCCACGAUAAUAAUACAAUAACUACGAAAUCAAAACGUACCCGCGACGCCCGCCCGCGUGUGCGCGCGCUUUGCCUAUUCGUACCCUCUCGGCUCUCGGCGGCGUCUUCCCGUCCUCCUGAAUAACGCGCGUAACAUCUGCUCGGCGACACGUUUCCCAUCUGCCCCGCCGCCGCCGCCGCCCGUCACUCUAUCACGCGGUGGCGGCGGCGCCCGGCGUACGCGCGGCGAAACCCAAUCGCGACGCCUCGGCCCGUUCGGCGGUAAUUAACCCCCUGUCGGCUGCAUUAGAAACUGCCGCGCGCGCGGUGGACUUAUUGGCGCGUUGACGUUCGUACGCGCGCGCGACGCGGUUCGAGCGAACGCGCCUGCAGUAAAAACGCGACGCCUACGUUACAACAACAAUAACGACAACGGUACGGGCGUCCUGUACGGGUAUUGUCGCGGUGGUUCGUAUCGGAAAUCGAAACGUGACCGCCAGAAACAACGUGCGUCGCGCGUACCGGAUUUCGCGACGACGAAAUAUAAUAAAAAAAAAAAAAAACAACAACCGUUUACGGGCGACAAUCAAUUGCGCCCGUCGUACGGUGGUGGCGGCGGCCGGUCGAUACCCUGUUCGCAUGACGGUUAUAAUCGCUGUUCGAAAUCCCGCUUUGUACACGGCCGCGGGACACGGCGGGUUCGCGUAUUGAACGCGGGGCGGAGGAGAAAACGAUCCCCGCGGGCGUCCGAAACGCGCGCGCGCGUGUGUGUGUGCGCGCCGCACUGUGUUUGCGUCUCCGCGACGAACGGGCAAAACGUACGCCGGACCGAAAAAUCGCCGGACGAAGAUCACGACGUAUAACCGUGUGUACGUGUGGCGCCCGGACUCGAGUCGAAGAAACCGAAAAUUCCGAAUAAAUGUCGAAAUUCGGCGACGGCGGUACACGGGACCGUGGUAUUCGGGCGCGUGCGCUCCCGACCAAAACCAAAACUUCAAAUAAAUGUCGAAAUUCGGCGACGAUGGGAUAUGUGUCGGGACCGGUGUCGGGCGUUCUACGGGCGUCGUUAGAUGUACGCUACCGACUAACCGUCGCGUCUGCGACAGGUUUUUUUUUUUUUUUAUCGGCUAUUAUUACAGUUUGUUAUUAAGUUGCGUUCGAUAAUUUUAGAUCCCGAGCACAACGAAAAAGACACGAGUUCUACAAGAAUGUGUUUGUUUUUCUCGGACAUCGUUUUUGCGUUUUCGCGCAUCGCCUCAAACGAUGCGGGAUUUCUACCCGGUUACACAUUAUAUUUGAAACGUUUGUCGACGUCGUUUCCAGCGGUCCGCCCCCCUAGGCCAGGGGUCGGGAACAUGCGGCUCCUCAACAUGAAAUCUGUAGCUAUUUGGAAAACGCAUCAAUAUCCGGACAUUUGAGAGCCCUAAAAUAUAAAUUAAAAUUCGAUUAUAUUGCUACCCAAUGAAAAUGCUUAGUAAAAUAUAUUAGUCGAUUUUUGUACUGCGGUAUGUUUUUUUUUCGUUUUGACCAUAGCGGCUCAUUGAAAAUCACGUUUUCGCAAUCUGUUUUUUAAAAAUUGGUCAUUCACGCGAAAAGGUUUCUGAUCACUGUCCCAGACACUUUUUUUUUUUUUUUUUGAUACUUGUUGAUUAUUAAGUUACCUCCGCUCAGAAUCGCUUUUUCGUUCACUAUGAUUUUUUUUUGCAUUUUAUACGGGACAAUUCAAGCGUGUUCAUCCCGUUUUUUCGGUUUUUCCGAUGUUUUCGAAUACUUUGAAUUUUCACAACAUUUAAGGAACGUUCUAUGGCGAUAACAAGUUUGGUUUUUUAAACGAGAACGUAAAAAUUUACCUUAAAAACCUUACAAAUUUCAUAAAUAGACGGAAUGUUACUUUAAAUAAAUUUUGGUGUUGACAUUUUUGAUUUCCAUCAGCGCGUUAACGAGAUAUUCUUCUUUCGUGGGGCGGCACGGCGCGCGGCGUUUGAUUAGUGUUUUUUUCAUGAAAAUCGUCAUUAUUACAGUUUUUCAAAUCAUUCGUAUAAACGAACUUCGCUCUCGGAAUAUUUUUUCGUUAGCAAUGGUUUAUCUUUUCAUUUUUUUAAAAACUUAAACGAGUUUUUUCUAGAAAAAAAAACAUACCUAAUUAAAUACAUUGCCAACAUGCACUGUACACAAAUAUCGUACGUUUUAGUACCUACUUUGAUGUAAUAAAAUCUUUAUCUUCGUAUAAUAUGACGCGUAAUGCCUAAUAUAAAAUGUAAAUGUGCAGGGAGAAAAAAUCAACGUCAACUCCGUAAUAAAAAUGCAAACAAUAUUCGUAUUAGGUAUGUGCGCCGUUAGUGUAUUUUACCGUCGAUAAUUCAAACUUUUAACUAUGCGUUCACCUGAUUCGGGAGGCGGACGAGUAUCAAAGACGUCGAAUUAAUUAUAUCGAUACGCGCGGAUCCGGACAGCGGUUAUUUUUUUCCUUUUAUUUUUUUUACGGGACCCGUUUUAUUAUUCAAGUCGAUUUUGUGGAAGCGCGUGCGGUUAAGAGUACGGCGCUACGAGCGCGCGUACCGUCUCCGUCUUGCAACCGUACAGAUUUGCGCGGCAGAUUUGCGUACGGCCGGGACAACUACCGCGUGCUGUUGGUUUAAAUAUUCGAGUAAACCGUUGAUAGUAUCGUAAUCGCAGAUAGGAAUAUUGCCCGAGCGGACGAGACGCGAGCGUUUAAAUAUUGUGAAAUUUCGCGAUGUUCGUAUACGAUUCGCUCAGAAAUAUUUACACGAUCGGAAAAAUAACCGACCGAGUUCCCUUCGUUGUUCCGUUAAAAUGUGUGAAGUAAAUUGGAAACGGAUUUGUGUUCUGUAGGUUCUCGUCCGGGGUAAUACGUCACCCCCGGGGUGAAAUGGACCCGCCGUAGAGGUACAUAAGAAAUCCCCGGAGAAACGAAAUGAAAUCAUUUUUCUGCGUACUGUAAUUUUUUUUUUUUUAAAUCUACAGUUUAAAUUGUUGAAAACCCAGUGUUUCAGUGCAUUGUGCAUAUUUCGAUGGUGGGGCGACGCAGUGUCGGAUUGCCGUGGGAAAGGGCGACACGAAUCGAAAAAGAUUGAGAACCACUGCUAUAGGUAGUGAAAGUGGUGGGGAUACGGUUGGCGCAGUUGGCAUUAUGGCGGUGAUAACGAUAAUAACUGUAUUAGUUGAGCACGAAACGACCGAAAGUGUAAUAUGGUAUCUACAGGAUAGAAGGGGUUUUUUUUAGCCGUCCGUUUCUAGACGUGGUCAAAUUUCCAAUAGGGUCAUUAGAUUUUUUUUUUUAUCUGUUUAUUGGUAUUUGAAAAAUGUUGAGUUGUUUCUGUACAUUUUUUUUUUUCGAUUCGAAUUAUUAUUUACAGUAUAAUUUUCUGAAAUAUGCUCUUGAUCGUCGCCGAUGUGAUAAUUGAUUUGAUGUGCGCCUAAGUAAUUAUUAUUAUGUUCGUCGGUAAAAACUAUAUGACGGUGAGAACAUUUCGAUAAUAUCAUAAUAUCGAUAUCUGAAACCUAGCGAUCACCGGGCGAAAAGGGAGUCGUCGAUUUUUUGUUUUUCGCAAACCACGAAACUCUGGCGAACGUAAAACGUAUGCAUUAGUUGUCGCCGGUUUUACUAACGAACGACAUAAUAGCGAAUUUUCGGAGAGACCACUCUUGUGUUCUUUCAAUUUUAAUAUUGCAGUGAUUUGACUGUUCGACUUACUAUCAAACUUGAAGGCGAGACCACUGCGUUCGUAUCUUGGCUUUUCCGAAUAUUUUAAUAUUUGAAGUCAUAAGCGUUUUUAAUUUGCGAUAUUUCGCUCACUCUCGUCUAGUUCGCGAAAACCAACGUACAAACACAGAGAUAAUGUUCUUCCCUUUAAGUUCGAUGACAUUUUUAAGUUUUUUUCGUAACUCAUAUUAAAACUAAGAGCCCGAUUCGGUUGAACGCAAAUUUGCUAUACGUUUUCAAGACGUUUGUAAGACGGACGCAACGGACGCACGCGUAGCGUCCUUUUAACGGUUAGAAUAACGGAAUGAAAAAGAAACGCGCCGUGGCCGCGAAGUCUUUUUUUCUCGCGUUGAUACAAACCGAAUUUGGCUUUUGUGCACACUUCGGGGGCGCGCUACUCGAGGUAUUAAAUCUACUGGAAACCCGGACAAAAUGCCGCGCAUUGUCCCGUUAAUCUCGCCUCCCGCUGUUAUAUUAUUAUUAUUGCAGUUAGUAAUAUGAGCUGGUAGCUCGCUUUGACGUUGUUAUUAUUGUAUGCGACGGGGAAAAAAAAAAAUCCGUACUUAUAAUGCUGAUUGAUAGGCCACUGUUCCGGAGGUGGGAAAGUGGGAAAGGUCGUUGUCAAAUAAUAUAAUUUAUAGGGUGAUUUCGGUUCAAAUCGCCGUGCACAGAAUACGAGAACACAAGGACUAGGUUCAAACUGUCUCGCGCUAAAUUUAAUGAUUUCAAAGGAAAACAUUGUGACAUUAUGAUUUGGCUUUUUUUUCUUUUACCGUGAAUAAUAAAUAACGGACCUGUUGUAUUAAAUUUUCGCGUCGAAAAUUCACAUACACCUGAAAACGGUUAGCGAAAUGUUUGCGGUUAGUACGAUUUACGUGAAAUAAUUUGUUCUUCGAACGCUUGUAAAAAAAAAAAAACGAACGUCACAGUGAAACCCAAUGUAUUUAUAUUAACCGUUCCGUUCGAAAUCUGAAAAAAAAAUCUCUUACGGUCCGAUAAGGAUCCGGUUCGCAAUCGCAUCGGCGGCGACGUUUGAUCCGUGAACAAUUUCAAGCGAUGUUCUUUGAGAAAUAAAAAAAUGAAAAAAUAUUAUAAUAAUCUUCCGACGACUACUAUUAUGCAGGUAGAUAAUAUGCUCAUAUAAUAAUAUUAUAAUGUACGAUCUUGUCUAGCGUGAUGCUGCGCACUAUACUCCACUGCCUACUAUCCGCCGGUACACGGACCGUAAAUAAUACAAUAAUAACGAUAAGGAGUGAUGCGGUCCGGGCCCGCGAUGGCGAGGUGGGGGUGGGGGGGGGGGUGGCGGGGAAACACCUGUCGUUUUCGCGGGCGUUUGCGAUGCGCCCGCCCGAUAACGCACCGACCGUAGAAGAAACGGCUCACGCGGCCGUUCGGACGAUGUUAUCUCGGCGCCGCCGCGGCCGACCGGGCCCCGACGGCAACCCGGUCAAUGUUUACGACCGCGCGGUUACCUAACGUAUAUUAUACGUCUACGCAAACGGUGGCGCGUUGGAAUCCUCGGGGAAAUUACCCAUAUAUCCGUGUACAUAUAUAUAUAUAUAUAUCUCAUAUACGAAUACCGUAAACGAAAUUAUCCGUGGACGUUCUGAAAUUUUAUUUUUGAAAAUACCGACCAGUACCCACGUUGUUGUUGGCGGUGGUGUGCGACUCCGCAAAAUCACAAAUCAAAAUUCGACGUUGUUAGGAAGAAGAAGCGGGAAAAAAGCCGCGUGUACUUCGCGCCGUUGGUAGGCCACAUGCAGCGGCUGACCGGUUUAAAGUGUUUAGGAUACUGCCACGCGUUAGGUUAGACAGUGACACACGUGAUUUAUGUAUACUGAAAACAACGAUAGAUUAUCGCGAUCAAAAACCGAUUCUAAGGGGGUAAGUAUUAUUAUAGACGGUCGUCUUUUUUCCGCUUGUGGCCAAGGAAACCGUUAGAUGAUUAGGGCUAUUCAACGUAUUCGGUGAAUAUAUCAGUUGUUUAGAAUUAUUCUUAGUUGAAUAUUACAAUAAAAAAACAAAAACCGUUUUUGGGUAACUUUAUCCGUUUUUUCUAACAAAGAAAACCAUAAGGAAAAUCGAAAUGCAGUAACUAGUACAAAAAUUUGCCACCAUAACCUCGAAGUUGAUGAUUAAAGCAAGAUUUUUGAUAGACAAAAUGUUUAAUAAAUAGAAAAUAAUAAUACUCGAAUAUAGGGCAGAAAAAAAAAACAACUGUAUAAAUUUAAAAUAAUCGCGAUUGUUUACAAUAACAUUUAUAUUAAUAAAAAAUAAUAAUAUUUAGAUUUUUGAAAUAGCUGAAAAUAUUAUGAGAACAAGAAGGUUUCGUUUAAUACCUAUUCGAAUUCUAAGAAUUUACUUAAAAUUAAAUAAAACUACUAACUAAUAUUCAUCUGCUACAUCCCCUCCCGUUGAAAAUUCCCGGGCAUGCCACUGGAUCUCGGUAAACGAUCUAGAAAAAAACCAAUUUUGAGUAAUAACGUUAGGCCGUGGUUUUGUGUUUAUAGAAUGAUCGUAUGUUUAUAAAACAGCAAAAAUCGGUUUGGUCGAAAAAGCGUUGGUUUUUCGUACAUUUCACUGGUGGUUUUUUUCACGGUAAUUUGAUCGCACGCUCGCAGAAAUUAUACUCGUGAAAUCGAAAACAAUUACCACGAGAAAAUCAUCAAACUACGCGGCGUUCGCCGUAGUCGGUAUCGAUCGAAACAUCAAUAAAAAUAUCGAUUACGCUUACGAUAAUAUAUGAUGCCGUUGUAAAAUCCGCAACCGUCCUAUUCAGAUGUCUACGGAAAAAAAAAAAUAACGGCGAUUUCGCCUCUUUUCCGCGUGAAUCGGUACAACUAUACGAAAACAACGAUUAUUAUAAUAUAUGCACGCGGCAUAAAUCCGUAUACCUAUAGUAUACGUGAUAACAUAACAGCGUAAAUUAGUAAAACAGACGUAUCACGUGAAAAACAAUUCGGACCUGUGCAAACGUCAUCCUACGUAAUAUAACCGCGGAGCUGACGCGGGCCAACUUUUUGUCACGUACAUACCUAUACCUAUAAUUGUUCUCUGCCCAAACUGCGAUUUUGUAAAGGUCACGCGAUUUUGCCCGGGAGCUUUUGCAGGAACGUGUAUCGUCCGGUCCGUGCGAAAUGUCCCGCCGAACGUUUUCGACAUACGUCCGCGAACGCGUAUGUGCACAUAUUAUAAUAUUAUACACAAAUGUUAAACAAUGCCCCCCCCUCAAUGGCGGAACUGUAGAUUUUCAAUCGCUAAAUUGAACACGAAACGACCUUAUUUCGACUUAUCGACUAUAUCUGUUAUCAGCUGUUUAUCUCGGAUAAAUAUUUUAUGCCUGGAUGGAAAUAUCGGUUAUAUUUCCCAACACUGUUUAUAGGUUAGAACACUGUCGCUAAAACAUCGUCAGACAGACGCAGGUAAUAUUAUACAAUACGCGAUUGCGAAAAUAAAAUAUCGACAGUCACCCGGUAGAAUUGUAUAUCAUAUAGUAUUUCGGCUGUGACGUUUGAAUCGGUUGGCGUGAAGGUGUCUCGAGAGGCGUUCGAGUUUAAAAAAAAAAAAAAUAAAUAAAAGUAACGUUUUUAAAAUCGCAACAAUUUUCACCGCCCCGCUGAAGCGUAUUUACAGACCUUAUACGAGUGCGGUCCAGGCGGUGGUAUGUAAAUACGAAACCCGUCGCGGUUUUUCAUAGACCUAGACCUAGACCUAGACCUAACCCGACGCUAAAUACCUCGGAAGAUUAUCGGUUUUCGUUCAACGGGUAGACUAAGUUUUUCGAUCUCACCACUGUCUUUUUUUUUGAUCCCCCGGGGUGACUUUUUAUCGAUUAUAGUUAGGUAGUAGAUUUAGAUUUACACUUAGGAUAUUAACUUCCUUGUGGCAAAGUACCGAUUCGGUUCGGACGAACAAGUAUACAAUAGGUGUUUUGUGUGUCUUCCAAAACCUCCUCGAGACUCUUAACACCAACUAUUAGAUAACUUUUCGACUGGAGCCGAACUCGGAUAGACUCUGUUAAUACGCCGCCUGAAAAUCGCACGCACACGUAUGUUAUAAGGAUUUGUUUAAUUUUUCUAAUUUUUUUUUUCACCGCGUCGUGUAAAAUGCCGUUUUAGCGAACAAUAAUAAUUAUUGUAUUAUCGCACCGUUAGUGUUUACUGCGUGUACGAAUCGCGCGGAGUGGUAUUAAAAAACGUCAAAGCGCCCUUUUCAGAGAAAUGCAAUAAACUCCUCCGGCGCUCGUAAUAAUAAUAUUUAUUUUUAAUGUUGCUGCCGAACAAUGUGUUCACGGAGAAUUUCAAUGGCCGCGAGUCGGAAGGAAACUCGGUAAUAUAAUAAAAUAUUAUUUUACGUUUAAUAUGAAAAAAUUCGCGCGUUUCGAUCGGACUCAAAGACGCGUAAUAGCCCGCAGCGGUGUUUUCCAAAGUUAAACUAAAAUACAAAGAUAAAAAACAUUCGCUAGAAUAAUAUUAUAUGUAGAUGAAGAUAAUAGAAACUAUAAGAAAGUUUUUAUCUAGAUCGAAAAAGAGAAAGAAAAUAUUGUUCGUUAUAUACAAGUACUACCUAUCAUAAAAUUAAGUGCUAAAAGUGAUAAAAAUGUUUCGGAUUUGGUGCACCAUCGGAUUUCAAUAAGGUGCUAUUGAUGCGAAAUUUAAUACCUAUAACUAAAUAUAGUUUGUUGAACCAUAUAAAUUAAAUAUUUAGCUGCGACUAUGCAUUUUUAUAAUAAAUAUACAGAAAUUACGAUUCAAAAAGAUACAUCUAGAUGAUCCGAUUAUUUACUCAGACAAUGGUUCGGAUAGUAUUUAUUUUUCAUUAUUAUCUAGAUAGGGAAAAAACACAAAAAUAUCUUGAUAAAACACUCCACCGGCAAUAACUUUACGCGCGCGCGCUUAUCACGAUCGAACAAACGACGAAAUCCGUGUAAAAAAAAAAUAAAAGCUAUUAAAAUAUUACCGUCGUUAUAGCCAUCGCGGCGUUUGUUUCUGUUUGUGCGCACGUAUCGUUGUGGUUAGUACCGUAAAGUUGGCAAAAAAAAAAAAACAAAAAACAAAAAAUUGUUUUAGACCGCGAAAAUCGUGUUCAGUGGUCGGCCGCAACAUUUUAAAAUACAUGUGCCGGGAAAGAUAAUCGAUAUUUUUAUCUAGAUAAAUGUCGGGUAAAGAUCGUUGAUUAAAAUGUAUCUAAGAUGAACACAAACGAUAAAAUCUCUAAAAUCUCGUUUUAAAAUCUCUAGACAACACAAAAUGAUAAUAAACAUAAUAUAUAAGAUGAUUUGUAAAUACGAAUUAUUUUAACGAGGUAUUCAUAAUUCAGAUUUGCAGCAUACCUGAUAUAAUUCAAUUUUAAACAUGUAGUUACUAUAGCUGGUCUGUUUAAUAAAUAUUUUUAAAGUGGAUACAAAACAUUAUAUUACGGCGCAUUUGAAAACUGCCGAGCUUGUUGCACAGUAAAAAAAAAAAAACCUAUUUUAGUGAAUGAUAUGUAUAAUUUACAAUAUACGUCAUAAUAAGUACCGAUACUAUAGAUACCAUCAAUGAAAUGCAGAAUUUCCGCCCGGUUGUGUUGUUGAGUUUCUAAUACAAUUUUCAAAUAAUCUAUAGGAAAUGGAGGAUUUUUUUUUCGAUUUUUGGGCUUACAAAAUUGGCCACAAGCUAAAAAGACGAAAAAUAAAAAUUGUUCUACAGACCAACACUCGAAUAUGUAACAAUAAUAUAAAUUAUUGUAAAACACGCGCAAUACAAUAAAAAACACAAAUAAAAUUUUAUGAAACGUACGGUGAAAUAUAUUAGCUCGGAGUGUUAUAAUACAUAUUCUAUAAAAAAAAAAAAAAACAUCGUAUAGAUAAAUAGAUUCAGAAUAGUGUGUUUUGAUUCGCGCGUCGCUCCUAGUACCCGUUAUAGAUUCGCUUAAAUAUUCUAUUUUACACGCCGUCCGAAUUGUUCACCUGCAACUUUGCAACUCACACGGCACAAUGUCCUGCGUUUGAACACUAAAACCUCGAAAACUAUUUAUUCAUUUAUUUUGUUUUUGUUUUUCGGUGAUUAUAAUAUAACACUGCACGCGCGUCAUAAUAGUAAUAAAAAUAUUUGUGAUGAGGAAACGAGGGGGGAAAAGGCCUCCGGGAGGUGAUCUAUUACCAUCGUCACAAUCCCUUAAUUUACUGCGCUUUCUGACCACGUCCCGUCCGUCCGCCGCCCGAGCGUUAUAAUAGACGCGCGCCCACACAUUAUUAUUGAAUUAACGAUGAUAUAUAACAGUAUUAAAUUAUUGUACGUAUAUACGUAUAAUUGGGUUUAUUUGGCCGUCGACCUCGCGACCAACUCGACGUAAUGAGGCCUCGAAUUAAUAUCGCCCGCGCAUCGCAUAGUGCCGUUGCGGUCGUUGACGGCCGAGUGUAACCGUAUUGCACUCGAUUUCGGACGCGAUUUCCAUAGAAUAAUAUUUCUCGGCUGCUGCGGUGUACACACGACGGCGAUAACGGCGGCUGCGGCGGCGGCGGCGGCGGCGGGCGCGCGACAUCUGCGCCGGCCGACCGCACCGAGUGUACACCCGCCGCGGUGCGGCGCGGAAUCCCCGCCCGGCGGCCCGGUCGAUCGGCGGGGUCCCGGGUGACCGCGACCACGGUUUGGUUUUGAAAUGAAACGCCACCGUCGACGCCGUCCGUUUCAUACGUAGGAAACUGCGCGGCGACUAUUACGAUACCGCGGCGUACGUACGCAUAUACGUAUUAUAGACGUGAUAAUAAAUGAUAUCGUAACACGGGGCCGGCCGUUGCAGCGUUUAUAGAGGAGAGAAUCGGUGGGCGAGGGAGAAAUGCCGUGGCGUCGCAUCAUUGUCACAGCGAAGAGCGGAACGUCCGUAAAAUCGUCGGUGAAAACCGUUUCGCGGGGACAAGAACCGCUCGGGCUGUAAUGCAAUAAUAAUAAUAACAAUAAUAAUAGUAUAGUCUCGCGAAAAUAUUGAGCGUAACCGUAAUGUUCACCGCAAUUAAACGGAUAGCUUUGUAUCGAGUGCUAUUUUGUAAUUUUUAGACGGGUACCCGUCGAAAAUACAGAAUAAAACACGCGGUUGUUGUAGGUGGGUGAUUGGAUGUACGGGAUAAUUUUAGUUUGUAUACUGGAUGAAACGAUAAGACGUCGUAAAUGAAAAAAAAAUGAUUCCGAACGGAGGAGUACAAUACGUGUCUUUGACUUUUUCGUAACUCGUAAAAACAACCACACAACUGACAGUAUUUUCCAAAUUAUUUAGAAGACUGCGACAAAAAAAAAAAAAAAAAAAAAAAAAAUUAAUAAUAAUUACGACCCGGAACACAGUUUUAAUCGGAGCAAUUUUUUUGAUAAGAAAAACAAAUUUGAAAAAGAAAUCUUCAGUACUAGAUCGGUACAUUCUUUGUUGUGCUCGAAUUUCUAUCGUUUUUAAAUACACAGUCGAUUAUAUUAUGUUUUUCGAACUCAAAAAAUAAUAAAACAGUAUUUCACUAGUUUUUAUUGUUGGGAAAUAUGUUUGAAUAAUUUUGAGUCGGUAAAUUUUAUAUUUGUCGAACACUAGCUGCUCGGUUAAACGACACAUAAACGUUAUUUCUCCAAUCCGCGAGCAAUAAAUUAAUAUUGUACCUGUAUUAGUAUAUUAGAUGCGGUUUAUCGUCGAAUAACACUGCGUGUAUUCGUAUAAUGCACGUGUUUUACUAACAUUGUUUAAAUAUUUUACCCUCGUGGUUUUUCAACGUGCUUGAUAUAUAUUGCAGAAUAUGUACAGUGACAAUGUGCGGUGGCAGAAAACACCGUGUUACUGCAACACGAUGUACAGGAAUUUAAAAAGAAAUGCGAAAUUGUCGAUAUUAUAAUAUAAUAUUAUUACACGCAUAGUUCAGUCAAAUUAAAUUGGCGUAGAUGAAGUAGAAGAUUGAUCAGUAUUACAGUCGAGGGAGUGUUAUUUUUAUCUUUUAGAUCCCGAGUGGUGCGAGGAAUAUAUUGGUUUUACAAUGGUUAAUACACAUUUUUUACCAGAACGCAUACUCCGAGUAUCAAGUAUAGCACCUUUCCUCAAAGGACAUGUUCUCUGGGUGAUAAUUUAGAGAGGUAAUUUUUUCAAGUUCUCGUUAAAAUAAUGAGAUAAUGAGGAAUACCUCGGUCUUGAGGUUAAAAAAGAUUGAAUGAUUAAAAAUAACGUUGAAAUAUGAUACAUACCAUCUAUCGUAUUGUUGACAAAGCAACACUAUCAACUAAACUCCGCUCAGAAUCGUUUUUUUUCGUUAACAAUGGUUUAUCGUUGUCAACAGAUAUACAUUAAAUUCCCGUCUCUAUCCAAUCUUCCCAAUUUCCACCUACAACAGUGGCUGCACCCACGUGCGAAGUAUGUACGCCUUGUCUUUUGGUUUUUUUUCUUUUAUUCUAUCGUACGCUUUGAAAUUUUAUUUCCUCUUAAACUAUCCGAUUUGCCUUAUUGUAUAGACGCACAUAUCGAUAUUAAUUUUAUUCCGCGAAAAUUUAAUUUGCCAUUUUAUCGUCCGCUCGCCGAAUCGAUUUGAUUUCCGUGUACAGACAGCAACGGUGGAUCUCGCAAUAAAUUCGCAUUACCUUUAUAAUAAUAACUAUUAUACACGGUUAUAACAACGGCCAAAAACGAUUUUCGAACCGGAAGAGUAAUAAAAUAAACGCCAUGUCCGCGAUGGACGCACAACUUACUGUGUUUUAUCGCGGGCGCGUCCGAUCGGUCUCCGAGGAAACGAAAAAUAACAAUACGUGAACUCGUAUCGGCCGCGGCGGCGGCGGUUAAAAAAAAAAAAAAGGCCAUUUGAGGGGGAGGCAUUUCGCCCUCAUUUACGCUCUGUACCCCGGACCCCAUCCCCGGUGCGCGGCUCUGACAACCGUCCGACGCAGUAUCGCAUCCGGCGAGUAUAUAUUGUACAGACGUCCCGUUAUUCUUUAAAAGUUGAUAAUACAUUUAUUUAUUUAUUUUUUUUUUUUUCUAUUCUUUUGAAUCCGCCAAAAUAUAAUAUCAACAGUUUUGAUUUGUUUCGCCGUAUAUCAAUUAAUAUUUGUAGGCUAUUGGAGAAACGACGAAAACAUUGGGAACGGUCAAACUAGUCGCGUAUAACAUAUGUGUAUAUUUUCGAGGAAAAAUCGCAAUAAAAAUAUUCACGAAAUCGUUCGAAACACGUUGAAUGUUUACAUUUCCAAGCAGACAACGCGUUUUGCCAAUGACGACUAUACUCCUUGGGUCGCAGUAAAACUGUGAUAUUAUCGGGAGUCCUCGCGAGUGUGAUAAUUCGCAUCCAACAUCGUUUCGUCUAAUAGUGAUUCGUACCCGAUUUUUUCACAAUUACCGUAACAAGGAAAUUCGGCAAUGUUAAUAAUUGCGCGGAAUGACGAAAACCAAUGGUUUCCAGUCCGGAUGGUUUCGGUCGCCAACUGGGCGAGCGCGUACUCGCGUCGGACUUUCAAUCGAAAAUAAACCCAUCCGGAUUCGUUGCACGGACCACGUCACCUAUGGACGUGCAUAGGCAACAGGGAAAAAGUGCAAUGCGAAACCGUCUGCUUUUGUAUAAUAUACACGAAGUAACAAAUACAUUUUAAAAAAAAUCGAUGGUUAUCGCAGUGAUUGUUGUUUCGUUCCCGAUCGUGACGUAAUCUCGUGCACUGCUCCUUUGCGCUCUGUGCGCUCCAACCCUCGUUUCCCCGUACAAUAAAAAAGAAAACAACGCAUAUAAUAUUUUCUGCCGUGAAAAAUCCGCGUCCCGACCGCAGUCUUUCCCGCGCGCGCAUUAUAUUCCGGGCUUCAACGUAUUACGUAUAAUAUAAAUAAACGGCCGUCCAUCACUGGUCUAUUUAUUGUGUUCCGGUGUCUAUGUACAAAAUACAGGUAGUCGCUUCAUAUUGUUAGGAUUUACGGCGGCUUAACGCCGAGCAAAAGAAAAAAAAUUCAUAAAAAAAUGAAGGGGAAGAAAAAAAAAAUGAAAAAUGAAAAGAAAAACCCGCGCCGAAAAUAAAACGUUAAUAACGUUUAUUUUUCCAUUAUCGUUAAAAUCGAGUUAAAUAAAUUGAAAUAAAUUAUUCGGCGAAAAAGUUAACAGUUCACCGCUUUCGCUAUAGGUAUAUAGCCGGGGCGCGCGCGCAAUGAUACAAUUAUUUCGGAAACAUGACUUUAAGAUUUUCGUUUUCAAAAUAAACGUCGUCUGGUGUAAAAAAAAAAGAUAAAGAACAAAAAUAUAAAAAAAAAAAAAAAAAAAGGAAAAAAACAUCGUACGAAUAUACGAAAAAUACGUGUGUACGCACCUACCGCGUACUUUUUGUACGACGGUUUUUAUUUUAUAAGUGUAUUUUUGCAGUCGAAAUAAUUUCUUUAAUUUUAAUCAUUUUUUUUUUUUUUUCGUUGUGUGUUACAGUGAUUUUGGUGCAGCGUCGACUAUGAGACCGCUCAAAACCGACGAAAAAAUGAAAAUAAUCUUUUGGUCCUUUGGAAAAAAAAAAAAAAGAAAAAAAAUGAAAACCAAUUGAAUUUUCUACGUUCCCGUUACUAUUAUAUUAUAUUAUAUUAUUAUUAUAUAUCGCGUAUCUAUUUGUAUUUCAGUCGAUUAAUACUC